CAAGAAAACCUCGUAAUUGGUGCUGGUUUUAGGUUUAGGGAUGUUCAGGGUGCCCUGAAGUCGGCCUGGGUCCAAAUCUAGCCCUGGUUCUGAGGUCAGGGGCCCUAGGUAUCGAACCUGAGUUUGAGCAAACUGCAGUUUUCCUUUGGUGACUUUAUGUCCGUUUAAGGCCACAGCUUUGAACGGAUGAACGUUGCCUUCCUGUGAAGAGAUCUGAGAAGAGGGGCAGAAGGGCGAAUCCUCUACGUAUUGGAACGAAGUAGAGCCUGCAGAACACUUCCUAUCGUCCGAAUCGGCUUUUAAGGUUGUGAAGAGAAGAGUUUAGCUGCAUGUGGAAUUCUUGGUUGACUGUCUAUUUCUUUCAACACUUGGAAGAUGGCUACCUCCCUGUUCUCCAUCUUUCUGAAGAGACACAGCUAUGUGUUCUGCAGAAUAUGCAUGGGCAUAUUCUGGGCUACAGCUUCCUCACCUCUGGUUUAUUGACCUCUUUAUUUUACUUGCUUUCUUUCCUCUGGGAGCUUACUAAGACUACCAUGCCUGCGGGAAUCUUGCCUCAAAAUGAAGAGCCAUACUCCACUUUGGUGAAUGACAGUCCAUAUGCUGCCAACAUGAAGGGAAAUCCAGGGCGUCCAACGCCAAAGUACACGAAGGUCGGAGAGCGGCUGCGACACGUGAUUCCUGGACACGUGGCCUGCUCCGUGGCGUGUGGCGGCAGAGCUUGCAAGUACGAAAACCCGGCGCGCUGGAGCGAGCAGGAGCAAGCCAUUAAGGGGGUCUACUCGUCCUGGGUCACUGACAACAUCUUGGCCAUGGCUCGCCCGUCCACUGAGCUCCUCGAGAAGUACUGCAUCAUCGAGCAGUUCCAAAGCCAUGGCAUAAAAACAAUCAUCAACCUGCAGCGCCCUGGGGAGCAUGCCAGCUGCGGGAACCCCCUGGAACAAGAAAGUGGCUUCACGUACCUUCCUGAAGCUUUCAUGGAGGCCGGCAUCUAUUUCUACAAUUUCGGAUGGAAGGAUUACGGUGUGGCAUCGCUUACCACUGUCUUAGACAUGGUGAAGGUGACGACAUUUGCCUUACAGGAAGGGAAAGUAGCCAUCCAUUGUCAUGCAGGGCUUGGUCGAACAGGCGUUUUAAUAGCAUGUUACUUGGUUUUCGCCACGAGAAUGACUGCUGACCAAGCAAUUAUAUUUGUUCGGGCGAAGCGACCCAAUUCCAUACAAACUCGAGGACAGCUCCUCUGUGUAAGGGAAUUUACCCAGUUUCUCAUCCCUCUCCGCAAUAUAUUCUCUUGCUGUGACCCCAAGGCACACGCCGUUACUUUAGCACAGUAUCUGAUUCGCCAGCGGCAUCUGCUUCACGGUUAUGAGGCCCGCCUUCUGAAACACGUACCCAAAAUUAUCCACCUCGUUUGCAAACUGCUGCUGGAUUUAGCUGAGAACAGGCCAGUGGCGACAGAAGACGUGGCAGAGGGGCCCAGCCUGUGUGCGGAAAUCGAAAAGACUGUUUCUGAGGUGAUCACCAUGCAGCUGGACAAAGAGUUACUGAGGCAGGGCAGUGACGCCUCAGACUCCUUGCCGCCCGCUGCAGUGGCCGUGGAUUUUGAGAAUCAGGAUGUGAUUCUUUCCAGCGAACAGCAGAUUGACCCUCUUUGGAAGAGGCGGAAUGUUGAGUGCCUUCAGCCCCUGACGCCUCUGAAAAGGCGAUUCAGCUACAGCGACUCUGACUUAAAGAGGGCUGAGUCACUUCUGGGGCAGGGGGCAGCUCCGUGGACGGGGCCUGCCGCAGCCUUGCUUGGCCAUAACCCCAGACAGCAGAAGCCCAUAAGCCACUGUCACACCCCCCAGUCUCCACAGCUCGAUCUGAGUAAGGAAACGCUGGUCCGAAAUACAUUCUCUUUCUGGAAUCAAGCUAAAUUUGGAGGCCUGGAAGGACUCAGAGAUGAGGGGUCACCGGGUUUCCAUAGGGAGACUGCUGCGAAGGAAGUACAGCGGAGUAGAACCUUCUCCUCGGGGGUUUCAGGUCCCUACGACCCUGGGGAUCCAGUGAGACCCAGCUUUGCAGAUGUCCCUCAGGAACCAGACCGUUGUCCCCAGCAAGCGCCCCGUCUGUGUGGAGCUCCCGCCGCUCACUGCUCUGAGACUCCCCGCAGCCCCGGGGACUGUGACUUCCUCUGCAAAGUACCCUCCUCGGUUGGUCCCACAGCCCAGGAAGGCAAAGACCUGCCUGAGGUCGCUGCGCACGCUGCUUCGCAGGCUGAACUGAGUGCCGAAGCCAGGAGAGUCCUGGCGGCCAAAGCCCUGGCAGAUCUCAGUGAGCUUGCAGAAGAGGAGGGAGUGAAAAGGAAGGUAGAGAUGUGGCAGAAAGAACUGAAUUCCCGAGACGGAGCUUGGGAAAGAAUAUGUGGCGAAAGGGACCCUUCCAUCCUGUGCAGUUUAAUGUGGUCUUGGGUGGAGCAGCUGAAGGAGCCUGUGAUAACCAAGGAAGACGUGGACAUGUUGGCUGGCAGCCGCACAGAGGCCGCAGAAGCGUUGUUUUUGUUAGAGAAGGGCCAGCACCAGACCAUUCUCUGCGUGUUGCACUGCAUUGUGAACCUGCAGCCCAUCCCUGCGGAUGUGGAGGAGGCCAUCCUUGCCCGCGCCAUUAAAGCCUUCACCAAGGUUAAUUUUGACUCUGAAAAUGGACCAAUAGUUUACGACACCCUAAAGAAAAUAUUUAAGCACACACUGGAGGAGAAAGGGAAAAUGACAAAAGAUGGCCCUCAGCCUGACGUUUAGUGACGCUUCCCCACGGCGGACACUCCAGACCCGGAGACCCAGGCGGCGUUCGUGCGUACAGAUGAACAGGAAGGGGGGUGUGGAGCCGUUUCGGGUCCCAGCACUUUAUCUCAGACACUCUUGGUUUGUGCAAAGAACACUCAUUUCUGUUGUGAGCGAUUAUUUAUUUUAAAAUACCCUUGAGCUACAUUUUUGUGUUGAAAAAUUGCCAUAAUGUUGGUGCCACUUUCUUGUAUUUAUUUAACUGAAUUAAUAUUGUGUUAAUAUGUUAAGUACAUGGUGUUUACAUCUUUAUUCUUUUUGACAUUUUGGAAAAAGUUGUAAUUCUUCUUUCCAAAACAGUUAUUUUAUUGAUGGAGCUCUUGCUGGAGUUUUUACCAAGUAGGUAAUUUUAGCAGUAAAACUUCACUGUGGAUCCGUGAGCCUGAUCCAUGACCUGAGGAAGUCACAAAGUGUCUUCAACUAUUUUGUAUUUGUUAAUAAGAAGGCGAUUGAUAACAUUUUUAAAGGAUUUUUUUAAUUUGGAAAUUUUUUGUUUUUUCUUUUUAUAAAUGUGUCAAAGGGUUUCAAAGUAUAUUAUUUUUUGGAGUGAUUUAGUUUUGUGUUAAGGGUGGUCGUGAGGUGGUUGGGAUUUUUUUACUGUAGGAAGUAGACUCGGGCCUCCAGAUGGCCUUGCUGAUCUCUCCACACAUCCAGCCUUACUCUCUCCAAACAGCGUCUUUGCAGGAAGUAGUCAGGCAGACCCUGUGCUGACAGUGUGAGGUGUGAGGGCCGCACAGAUCAGGCAUCAGGCCCAGGCAGGCACUGUGCUGACGGUGUGAGGGCCAUGCAGCCCGUACCUCCCACCUCCGUCCUUCUGCAGACCCCGCUGCCCUAGGGCCCUGUCUUCUGCCACUUUUCACUAGGAAAAUUAAGAUUCUUAAACUGAAAUGUGAGCACGUAGCCUGCAUUCACCAUAUGGGCUUUAGUUAAGAAGUAAGUAAACUAUUUGUUGCCUGACUAGUAACUGCCUAACGGGUUCUUUGUGGACCGAGCUGUCAUUCAGCAGUUGAGGCUGUAACAAAUGUGUGCGGUUAUCAGAGGCCAGGCCGCACAGGGUGAUCGUUUUUCCCAACAGAUGUGAUACUAAUCAAACCAGUUUCACACUAAAGCUGUCACGUAAUUUUAGAGACAGAAACUUGGGGGAAGCGAGACUAACCUUGGAUGAGAUUCUCCAACUCCUGCAUCUCUGAAUCCGGCACUGGCACAUCAGAAACAUUUUAGUCAUUAUGGGUCUUACUGACUCUGGUGGCAGAUGCUGAAUGCCGUUUCCUCCUACACUGUUUGAAUUUUCUUGGGAAACCAGAUCCAGUGAAUUUUAAUGAACUGGGUUGCCUGUUGCUGAGAUUUCUCAUUUUUAAGUGCCUGAUCUGGGAAAGGGGAGAAAAGAUAACAUUUUAUCCAAAGGUACAUUAUAAAAAUAUGUGUUUUACCCAAAAAGAUGUUUACCCACAUGUCUGUCAGUGUCACAUGGACAAGGGCCAGCAGGGUUCAUUCGACAAGUGGCUAUUGGCCUGUGUCUGCGAUGGUCAGGUUAGAGGACAGAUCCCGUGCAGCCACAAUGUGACCACGGCCUCACGCCAGCCUGAGGAGGCUGGUGGGACAGGUAAACCAGGCUGUCUCCAGGUUUUGUAUUUAUUCGAAUAAAAGUGCAAACAACAAA